CGCAACAAUGUCAAACUCCCGAAUCAUACAGCUCGCGCAGCUGAUCACCUCUCAAACCUCAGUUGUAGACAAACAUAUCCGCGACACCGGCCUUGUUCAGCCAUCCUUCAAUGAAGACGAUUUCGCCCAAUCAACCCAGCCCUCUCCACCCGAGGUCGAGCGCGCGAAAAAAUCCGUGAUUGAAGCAACCAUCGAACUCCGCCAAUUGCUCGAAGGGCCUAUGAAGCUUUUGGUUCCUGAUUCUAACUUCUUUCCCCUCGCCGCCAUUUCGCGCUUCAACAUCGCAUCCAAUGUCCCAAUCAAUUCCUCCAUCUCCUUCGCCAACCUCGCGGAAGCCUGCGGACUGCUCGAGCACGACCUCCACCGCAUAAUCCGCUACACCGCCGCCCACCACCACGUCUUCCGCGAACCAACUAAGGGAUGGGUCGCGCACACCGCAGCAUCUCGCCUACUCGCUGAAAGCAGCCCAGCGCGGGACGUGAUGGUGCUCACUUUCGGGGAGUGCUGGCCUGCGCACGGGAAGGCCCUCGACGCAAUAGCACAGCGCAGCUCCGAACCAAGCAUAAGCGGCUAUGCCCUCGCUAACGCCACGACGCUGACGACGUUCGAGUUCCUGUCCCAGAACCCCGCGCGCGCUCAGAGCUUUGCGGGCGCCAUGUCUUCGACCUCGGCCGCAAGUCUGGACGCCCUCGCGGCGUAUUUCGACUGGGGCGCGCUGCCCUCCUCUAGCACUGUUGUCGAUGUUGGAGGGUCGCAGGGCCACGUGAGCGUGCAUCUUGCACAGCAGUUCUCGCAGCUGAGAUUCGUGGUGCAGGAUGUGCGUGAGGUUCUAGAGGGAGCUGAGGCGAAGGUUCCGGAGGGGCUGGAGGGGAGGGUGGGAUUUCAGGUGCAUGAUUUCUUCGCUGAGCAGCCGGUCAAAGGAGCGAGAGUCUAUUUGUUGAGGUACGUGCUGCAUGAUUGGCCGGAUAAGUACUGUAUCCGGAUGCUGCGGGCGCUGGUGCCGGCGUUGGUUGAGGGGGCGGUGGUGGUGUUGCAGGAGCAUGUGUUGCCGGAGCCCGGGACUAUAGGGUUGUUACAGGAGAUGGGGGUGAGGUCGAUGGAUGCUAUUAUGCUCUCCCUCUUCAACUCUCGGGAAAGGGAUGAGAAGGAUUGGAGGGAGUUGCUUAGGGAAGCUAAUAAGGGAUUCGUGGUGGAGUCUAUAGAGCGGAUUAAGGAGAACCCGACAACAGGGGUUAUCGUUGUAAGGUGGACGUAAUUGUACCUCCUAGAAGAGUAAGCAACUAAAAGUUUAAGUAAGUAGAAGCUAUCGUAACUAUUAUUAAAGAGAGAGGAAAGAGUAUAAACAGCGU